UUCUCUUGGGGGGGUCGGGGAGGGGGGGAUUGGAAGCUGAGGGAUUUUCACCCCCCCAUUGCUCCCCUCCCUCUGCACCCCCAUUAUUCUCCCCCUCACACUGGGACUGGGGAUCCCCCCACUGGUGCUGUUACAUGGUGAGGUGGAGAAGUGACCAGGAUCCAGAGAAUGGUAAAUAACGCUGAAGACCCCUGAGAGGCUUUCUGACUUGCCCUCCUCAUGUGAAGUAUGCUCAGAACCUUUCCAGUAGUGCUGCUGGAAACCAUGUCUCACUACACAGAUGAACCCAGAUUUACUAUAGAGCAGAUAGAUCUGCUUCAGCGCCUGAGACGUACUGGAAUGACCAGACACGAAAUCCUCCACGCCUUGGAAACCUUGGACCGUCUCGAUCAAGAACAUAGUGACAAGUUUGGAAGAAGGUCUAGCUAUGGAGGCGGUUCCUAUGGCAACAGUACCAACAAUGUCCCAGCAUCUUCCUCUACAGCCACAGCUUCUACACAGACUCAGCAUUCUGGGAUGUCCCCGUCACCUAGCAACAGUUACGACACCUCCCCACAGCCUUGCACUACUAAUCAGAAUGGGAGGGAGAGUAACGAGAGGUUGUCAGCGUUCAAUGGGAAGAUGUCGCCCACUCGCUAUCCACUUGCAAACAGCUUGGCUCAAAGGUCGUACAGUUUUGAAGCCUCUGAAGAGGACUUGGACGUAGAUGACAAAGUAGAAGAAUUGAUGAGGAGGGACAGCAGCGUGAUAAAGGAGGAAAUCAAAGCCUUUCUUGCCAAUCGGAGGAUUUCCCAAGCAGUUGUUGCACAGGUAACAGGUAUCAGCCAGAGCCGGAUCUCUCAUUGGCUGUUGCAGCAAGGGUCAGACCUGAGUGAACAAAAGAAAAGGGCAUUUUACAGAUGGUACCAGCUUGAGAAGACAAACCCUGGGGCUACGUUAAGUAUGAGACCUGCUCCAAUCCCAGUAGAAGAGCCAGAAUGGAGACAGACGCCUCCCCCAGUCACAGCUACCUCUGGGACCUUCAGACUACGGCGAGGCAGUCGGUUCACAUGGAGAAAGGAGUGCCUGGCAGUUAUGGAAAGUUACUUCAAUGAGAAUCAAUAUCCUGAUGAGGCAAAGAGAGAAGAAAUUGCAAAUGCCUGUAAUGCAGUUAUACAAAAGCCAGGCAAAAAGUUGUCAGAUUUGGAGCGAGUUACCUCCCUUAAAGUGUACAACUGGUUUGCCAACAGAAGAAAGGAAAUCAAGAGAAGAGCCAAUAUCGAAGCAGCAAUCCUGGAGAGCCAUGGCAUAGAUGUACAGAGUCCAGGAGGCCAUUCCAAUAGCGAUGACGUCGACGGGAAUGACUAUUCAGAGCAGGACACUUGGCAAGUACGCAAUGGGGAGGAGGAGGGAAGAUGUUCAGAGGGAGGCAGAGAAGCAGAGAAGGUAGAAGAAGACAGGAGGAUCUGCUCCAAACAAGAUGACAGCACUAGCCAUAGUGACCACCAAGAUCCCAUUUCAUUAGCCGUGGAAAUGGCAGCAGUAAACCACACCAUCUUGGCAUUGGCCCGGCAAGGAACCAACGAAAUCAAGACAGAGGCCCUAGACGACGACUGAUACAAAGAAGGGGGAGGGUCAAAACAAGAAGUAACUUAGUUUUAGACGUAGCACCUUAGCAGACUUUCCUCGGUCCUUAAUAUGUGUUCUUCUUACAGUAUAACUUUGCAGUUUCUUGUACGUCAGUUAGCUGUUAGGGUCUUGUUCUGUGAAGAUGGCAUGGUGCCCUCAGCCUUUGCAUAUACUCUCUCAGUAUUAAUUCCCAGUAAAUAAUCAGUCAACCAACCAACCUCCCUCUCCCAGCCCCAGUGGCUCGAAAAUCUUGCUGCUUUGUCUUAGCAUUCCAAGAAAGUGCUUCCAGGUAUUUUAGAGAGUCCCUCAGUUCCAAGUCUUAGGCUACAUUUAAAAUCUUGGAUACCCUUAGACAUCAUGUAAAACUAGUCUGUACGCUUUUCCUCCUCCAAGACUGAAAGGAUGGAAGCUGGGGUAGAAGCACAGGGUCGAUGGACACCAUAUUGGGAGUAUCAACAGAGAGUAAAAAGAACACUAGAAACCCCACUUCAGCCUGGGAAUAAGUGAUUUCCAGCUGCAAUAAGCCGUGCCUCACUGGUCACACAGUGACUUGAUCUAUUUCUUUUGGGUACUGCGCUGAGAAUGUCCAUGGGAAACAUAUUCACACAUUUCGGUUGAUGUCACAUUCAACACAGACAUCCUCUGCUCUCACAAGCUGCAUGGCUUAGUGGAUAAAAUACUGCCUUCUGCCUUUGGGACCAUGAUAGAAGCCCAGCCUGGGAUCACAUGAAAAAUGAGCUGAAUGUCUAAUGGACGGCAGUCCACUUCUCAAAACCACUAUUCAUUAUUUGGCAGGCCUAGCAGUGCCUGCUCCGAAGAGGUCGAGACUCGAUCGAUCUAUCAUAGAAGUUGCGUUACCUUUUGUUCUUCCUCUCACCUUUUCCCCCUCCAGCCCCUCUCAAAAGCAAUGUUUUCAAAAAAGGGAUUAAGAUAAUAAAUGGGUGAGUUUGUACAAGUCUGUGUAACUGCUGCCUGCAAUCCUAACAGGCCUGAAAGGUUAUUGGAGGACUUUGGUAUCUAGUUUCUGCUAGUUAUCAACAUGGCAUAAAUAUUCACCCAAAUAUGAACACUUCUUAAAAGGCAGGAAGAUCUCCUCCUUGAGAUAUAGGGUGUAAUGCUUUUGUGUUCUCUUUACUCUGUCCUUGUUAUGGUGUGAGAAAGCUAUACUGCUACAGACAAUUUAAUUAAUAAUGGGAAGCCAUAUUGAUAAUGGAUGUGGUAAUAUUUGUAAAGCAAACCUACUUUAAGUAGCAGAAACUAACGGAAUUGUUUUUCCUUGAUCAUAUGUAGCACUUUUGUUACUUUUUUCUUAAAGAUAUUUAUAUUUGAUAAAUCUUUUUUUUAAUCAUUUGAGAAUUCAAAAUACCAAACGACAAACCUGCAUUACAGAGUCACCCUGUGAUCACCUUGUCAUCUAGUAUCUAAAUGAUGAACUGUGUAUGCAUCUAAGAAAAUUACAUCUGCUGGCAUUGUGUGGAAGUGAUCUCUGGCAUCCUGAUAAAAGUGAUAUGUCGCUGCCGGUAAGAGGAAACUGUUCACUGGAAGCAGCAUAGGAUGCGUUAGAGGGCUAGGCUGCAUUAUAUCUUUGAAAAAAUUAAUGCAUUUACAUAGCAUUUCCACUACAUUCCAUGUUAUCCUCCCGGCUGUACAGAAAUCGUUUCAGGGGGAAGAUGGCUUAGUUUUGAAGCAUGGCUUUCCUUUGUCUUUUGUUCAUUUUUAAAGGUGAAGGGACGUUACUAUGACUUGUUUCAUUUUUAUUCCUUCCCCUCUCCUCCUCCCCCAGCCUUGCAAGAUGUUUGCAACUGGAAACCAUCAGAUAUAAUUGCAAGCACUUAGAAAAAGAAAGAAAGAAAAAAAAAAAAGACGAAAUUGUGGCACGUCAGCAGGUUUUUAGCCAGCCUUAAACCCCCUUAAGGUAAAGACUAACUAGAUCAUCUUUGUCUGCUAAUCCGGUGAAAGCUGUUUAGGUAGAUGUGGGAGAUUCUGUGCUUACAGAGGGCACAGAGUUGGCACCUCUUUGUCCCUGUGACUUUGAAGAUAUAUAGGCAGGGCUUGGCCCAGUCGUUCAUUUAUGGAUUUCAUUGGGAAAUGUAUGUGCUUUCUUUAGCAGUAGAUCACUGAAGCAGAAUGGAGCUGUCUUUUUCUUUUUUAUUGUAUUUCUUGAGUAGGCAAAUUCAUGAAUAGCGUCAGGAUAGACUCAGGAAAGAACGAAAUUGGUUCAGUCACAUUGCAGUGUUCUUUCUUGGUGUGUAUAUGUGUGUGUGUGUGUGUGUGUGUGUGUGUGUGUGACUCUUUUGGUACUAGCGAGCAAAGGGCCGGGGGGGGAGGGAAUGUUUUUGCACCGCAGGAUGAUCCAGCAAACUGUAGCUUCAGUGGAAUUUUACCUACUUAUUCAUACUACAGUCACACACACAGCUGACAAGAAACCACCGCGAUUUAUUGCAAGGAGAUUUUAAUAAUCGAUGGCCUCUUUAUGCUGGUUUGCCACCAGGGUUUGUUCUAGCUGUUCCAUUUUAAAGAAUCGAAUCAGACUGAUAGACAGCUGCACCUACAAAAUAAAUAUUGCUUAUAUUUUUACCUUAAAAAAGUCAUUCUUUGAAACAAACAUCUAUUUAGAGAAUUAAGGAAGAAUAACACCCAUACAGUAAAGGCCAGAUCCUGAUCUCUGCUGCACUGGAGUAAAUUUGAAAUAACUCCACUAAAAAGAAUGGAUUGAAUCUGGCCUUCACUCUGUCUAGCACAGUCCUACAGCUCCUGUGUCCCAUAACGCAUCAAAAAGAAUAAGCAGAUGAACAACUUGUGUAUAAUUAGUGAUCAGUGGGUCUUCUGUCCUAAAUUGCAGCUUGCUGGUAAGCAGCAGUCUUCACCCCACCAGAGGAAGAUCAUAGACUGAUUCAGUAGGUAAGAAAUGCCUUAGGCGAGCCAGGUGCUACAUAGUUCUGUUUGUCUCCCUUCAUCUGCAUUCUAUUUGGUCCCGUACGGCCCCCAGAAGAUAUGAUCAAGGAAUAUGACCUUAGCCAUCCUCAAUAUCCUGAUGACACUGAGCUCUCUAGCUCCCUCCUUAGCCCACUGUGGACUGUUUCUUGAUUGACAGACACUUGUUUUGAUGAGGGGUAGCCGGUCUAGGCCCUCAUUAGAUAACUCUCAGCUACUGCAUUGAGGGAAACCUUUUCAAGACGUUGUGGAAUGGCUUCUGCAGCCUUGUCGUUCAGGGCGAGGACAAUGCUGGUGAGACAGUUCAGAACUUGUUACGGACAUUCAUAUCUUCUUCACCUCCAGGCUAAAUUAUUGUGCAGCACUCCCACUUGGAUUCUGCUCGAAAUUGAUCUAAAAGCUGAAUUGGUUAUAGGAUGGUUACCGACUCCUUCCAUGGAUGGAGUUUGAAGAAUCGAUGAUUCCUUCCUUCCAGGUUGCUGUUACAUCGACAAAUUCAAUCCAGAUUGUUAUCUCAUGGCUCAUAAUACUUUAGCCAGCGUUUUUUGCCAUCAUCCAGAGCAGGAGAGGUUGGCUGGGUUGUCCUUGGUAUGUAUCCCUAGAUAUUAUUGGAGCUUGUGGGAGUGCAAUGCAGUACAGGACUCCAUCCAUGGAGUUCCCUUCUCUGAGGACGUUCCCCAGAGUUUUCCUGUGGCUGGCUCCUGACUGUGCAUCAGGCCUUUCUCCUCCGAUUUGUUCAUCUUUGGCUAUUUCAUUGCUCUCCUUUUUCUUUGCUCAUGUAGUUCGGGCCGUGUCUUUUCCUGGACUAUUAUGUGUAAUAUAUUCAUUUAAAUUUGGUACCGAUGUCCAAAUAUUUUGCAACGGAUGCCUUAGAUAAUAAGUUAACACAGCAGCAGAUGGACAGCAUUUUUCUUUGAUGCCCUGGUGAUGCAGAGACAUCUUCGAAGUACUUGGAGUACAACAGUUUCACUGCUCCAAUAAAUGUGUUCUUACCAAGAAGGGAGUUUCUAACGUUGACCCAUGUUUUCCAGCGACUCCGUGUUGACCUAGCAUGAUUGUGAGUGGCGUUUGUUUGUGUUUUAUUUUUACCUAAUUAAAAUAUUCUCCUAUAAGAGAUGGGCCUUGUCUGCAAAGUCUGGAUCCAGCUUUCCAAAACCGUGGGGUAUUUAGAUUGAUAGUUUUGGUUCAGACCUAUCUGUAAUAUAAUUUGCAGUGAUGACCUAUUAUGCUUAUAUGAGUCUUCAUUGAAUUUCUCAAUAAUUCAUUCCAUUGACUAUAGUGGAGUUUAAUGGAUCACUGUUUUCAUAACACCCAGGCGAUCUAUGUAGGUGGACGGACAGUUUUUGGGAAGGGUUUUAGCAUACAUUGACUGGACUUUCUACCAUCUCGCUAUUGUGGCUGUGAAUCUUUUAGGUUUGGCAUAGCUAAUGAGAUUAUCUAUAAGUGUCACUUUCGUAUGCAGGCUGGCAAGAUUUUUGCUAUUUUACUCCUCAUGUAAAGCUAGUAAAAUCAUGGGAUAUGUCUACACUGUAAGCCCAGGGUUCAAAUUCAGGCUCAAGCUUUGCCCUCCUUCCGUCUACACACAAAUCAUUCUAAUCCAGAGUUCGGACCCAGGACCCUAUGGUGGUGGAGGGUCCUAGCCUGAGUCAAGCUGGGACCGAGGGGGUCAAGCCCGAUUGCUUUGCAGUGUAGCUGCAGUCCCACUGGAUUCGUGCUCUGGGAGUCUGACAACAGUAUCCCACAAUCCCAACUUUUUGUCCUCUGGACAGUCAAGUUUGGUGAACAAUCAUGUUUUCCCACACUGCACCCAAACAAAGGACUAGAGCAGACACAUUAUGGGAGGGCAGUAGGAAGUCUGAGAUAUGGGUGGUUGGGCUCGGGCCCACAAAAUACAAUGUAGACACUGAAGCACCAGGUUGGGACUCAGGGUUCAACAAUUCCUAAUCUGGGGUUACAAAUGAGCAUAGCUGCUCAAACCCAAGCCCUGAGUUUGCUUUGCAGUGUAGGCCUACUCCCAGUAGUGCGCCAGUUUUAUAGAAGUAGAAUGGCACACGAUCAGCUCCUAUCCGAACUGGUCAAAAUCUUUUUGUCUUGCUGUCUUAAAGGGACAUCAAGAUUUCACUAAGAUUUUCAGCUUCUCUAUUAGAGUACUUUUCUAUCCUCACGCUGGCUUACCUCGUGCAAUCGAAUUAGUCUUGUCACACAGAGCUAUCUGGUAAUUGCAGCAGGAUUCCACUGGCUGGCUGGGGUACAGUCACAGAAUCAUAGACAUCUAGGGCUCAAAGGGAUCUUUAGGGUCCCUUGCCCCAUACGGAGGCAGUACCCAAGUAUACCUCAACCACUCCGAAAGGUGUUUGUCUCACCUGUUCUUAAAAACCUCCAGUAACUGAGAUUCCACAGCCUCCCUUGGUAACCUGUUCCAGUAUCUAACUAUCCUUACAGCGGGAAAGAUUUUCCUAAUAUCUAACCUAACUCUCCCUUGCUACAGAUUAAGCCCAUUACUUCUUGUCCUACCUUCAGUGGACAUGGCAAAACUUGAAGACUGUUUUCCGGUCCCCACUCAGACGACUUUUCUCAUGACUAGAUGGGCACAUUUUAACAACACUGCCCCUAACUAAUCCAGGAUUUUGAUUCCCAUUGUAGCUUGAAUUGAGAUCCAAGUGUAGAUUCCCAUCUUCCUCCCUUAAGUUCAUAAGUAUUUGUGUCCAAGAUCUGGUUUGAGUCUCUUAAGUUAUGAGGUUUGGACCCCAGGAACUGGUCACUAUGACGGUGUUUGCCCUUGUGGGUUUUGAAUGGAGGAAAAUGCUGCAUCUAAUUUCCUCAAGUCAGUUCAUUUCUGAUGGUUGUGAUGUUUGCUAGAAACAUUUCUUUCCCCUGACCAGGACAUUGUGAAUUUAGUAUUGCUUACUAUUCAUCAGCUAAGUAAUUUAUCUCUUCCUUCUGGUCACAGUUUGUGAGAUUGUGACCAAGAAACUUUGGGUUUCUCAUCAGAAGAAACUCCCUUGCUCAUAUUUAGUAAAGGGCUUCAUUUCCAGUAGCUGUUGCCCUCUUCAGUGCAAUUUUUUUCAUUAACAAUAUUAUUUGCUUACAAUCUUCACACAUUUUUAGGUAAUAAUUUUUUUAUUUGGUUUAGCAAUUUUCGCUCUUGACGUGGGUCUGUGUUGGCAGGUUGUAUCUUGAAAAAUGAGUUAUAUGUCACAACCAAAAUGUAUUCAUUGUUGUGGGUAUAGGACUUUUUCUGUUUUUUAAUGCCCUCCAGCUGAAUUCAUUGGGGCUGCAUAGACACCAGCUAACUUUUGCAGUUUUACUGAGCCAAGACAUACUCAUCAUUCCCUUGAACGGAAGGUGAGUGCACUGAUCAGGAGUACCAAGGAGCUGGAUUGCAGAUGUAUUUCCAAAUAAAGCAUUCCUUUCUGUGCUUUUUUUUUAAUAGCUAGGAUAUUUACUCAGGAUUUUGAAUCAGUUGUUGGCCAACACCGUUUUGGCAAACUGAAAAGCAUGACCAGAAACCCCUGUCUCUUAGUUUCAUUUAGCAUUGUCUAAUUUACAGUAGCUAAAUUGUCCAAUUAAAGAUAUUCCAUGCUAAUGAAAAAAGAGGUGGCAGCUACAAAUUAGAAUUUCAGAUAAACCAAAUUUAUUUUUCUCUCUUGAGAGAAAUGCAUUAGAGGAUUGGGUUUGGUCAUCUAAGGACUUUAAGCAGAUGUGACAGUGUUUUAAACGUAGUUUUCUACACCGCAAAAAAAGUAUUAUCAAUGGGGUUAUAGUCCUUAAGCAUCUUCUCUGUCAUUCUCUUGUGUGGAAAUACAGGUCGUACUGUAAUUUGUGUUAAUGAGGAAAAAUAACCAAAUAUAUUUGAUUUCUUCAGGAUUUCUCUUACCCAAUCUAACUAGAAUGUUCUUAGAGUGCUCAUUGCUAUAGUAUCUAAGGGCUAAAUCAUGCUGACAAAUUGAGAAGUGGGUUUAGAGAGAAAUAUGGCUAUUCACUUUUGUGCCCCUUUUCAAGAUUGGCGCUUGAGUUUGUUUUCAUCAGUCUGAACAAUAACAAUCCAUGGAUAAUACACAGCUUUUCUCUUUGCAGUUCUUUCCAGUAAUCAUUGAAGCACUCAGGCCAGGGGUUUAGAUGCUACAGAGUAGGUGUGAGUGCGUUAAUGCCAUUGAGCCCUAGUGAGCUGUAUAAUGGAUCUUUGAUGUUUGUGUACAUAUAGUACAUCUCUUACUCAGAUGAUCUGGCCAAAUGCUCUCUCUUCCAUUUUCAUUCUCUAUCUUUUUAAUGUAAGCUGGUGUGCUCUGUUGUAAUUCAUACUGAUGUGUUGUGAUCAGAUGAAGGUUCUGUUCAGUCUUUUCAAACUGUAGCCAUGGUAAUUGGGUGGGUAGAAUGAAUACAUAAAAGUGUAAUGGCAGUUUUGAAUGACUGGGUGUCCACCUGACAUGUAAUUAGCUGCUUCAGGAAGAUGUAGAUUGGCAUGGUUGUAAUUAAAAGGAUUUCUGUCCUUGUGUGUGAUUGAAAACAGCAGAUCUUCCAUUCCCUAAUUUCCUUUAGUACCAAUGCGCUCAACAAUGUUUGGAACAGCUACUUAGUAAACUAAAAUAAUGACCUGUUCCUUAUAAUGCUGGACAAAAACUGGGAUUAGUUUUCUAUGCAAAGCUUUUCUCUCUCUUUUAUCCUGGCCAUAUUUGUAUAGCUUCUCAUUGGGUUGGGGAAAAAAAAAAUUGCAUGCAAUGGCUUAAUUAUUUUCCGUUUUCUGAACGAAGGAUCGCUAGAAACCCAGAGAACCCAGUUUAUUUCACACCUUAAUACUGGCAUUGCUUUCAUCCUGAAUCUGUCAUUGCAAUAUACUGCUUGUAUUGUUGUCCAAGCCCUGGACUGGACAGUCUAACUAGCUCUUAGUUGCUCCUAGGUAAUCUCGUUGUAUUCUCUCAUUCUGGGAAUGUUGUCAGCAGUUGUCAUCAAGUUUUGAGCUGCAUGUCACUUAGACUGCCUGUUGUGAGUAACAUGGAGAAGUGAUCUGAGUUAGCUCACGUUAUACCUCAGAUAUCAAAAUAGAUUCUAAUGUCAAACAGUAACUCAGUUGUCCUCCACUUGCUGUUCUACCAUGUAACAGAGCUGAAUAUAUAGUGGUGACCCCAGCUGAUGUCAAAGUCACUGCAUAAGUUCUCACUGGAUCCUGUCAACCACUGAUCACAAGGCGCGACAGACACUCCCCCAUUGUGCUUUUUGGAGUUGAUGCAAGAGAAACAUUAUCUAGUGAUGCAUCUUGAGUACCUCUGGGCUGUAUGCUGCAUUUCCACCCCGCUAACAUUUCUCACCAUUGUUGUCACCAGUGCCACCCUGGUAUUUUCAUCACGUUGGGCCAGAUUUACAAAGGCACUUCAAGAUACAGACAGGCGUCUGGCGGGAUUUGCCUCAGAAGCUUAGGCACUCUUGUAAAUCCCAGUAGAUACCUUUCUGUUUCCUUAGGUGCCUAAAUACCUUUGUAAAUCUGGCUGAUUGUCCAGUGCUGUUCAGAGCAGGCCUACCUGACAAGAUGGCUAAAAAUCUCUGGAUGCUAGUUCUCUCAACAGCACCAUCUCCAGUGGUGCUGUUCUGGCACUAGGAAUGUCAGGACAUUUUUGGUAGAGAAUCAUAAUGUAUACAAGACUUUAGGCAUUAAUUUUGCUGCUAUUGUUUGCUAGACUACCUAGAUUCUUUCCUGACUUGCCUGACUCAAGUCUUCCAUGUUAUGUCAAGAGACAAAAUGUAGCAUAACUAACAUACAUUUAUAAUUAGUGCCUCUUUUAGAGGAUAACUUUGGCUUUCUGAUCUCUGUUUUGACAUCAUUCGAGAUUUAAAAAAAAUACAUUUACUUAUAAAGUUAUCCAUUGAAUCAUUCAAGCAGAGCAAAAGCGAAAAUAAGUCGUCUUCUGCAUCCAGUAUAUCCCGAUAGGCACAUGUUACAUUCCACAAGACGUAUCUGACAUUGGAGAUGCUUAUUAUUUAAGUCUGCUGAUAAGUUGCUGCUAUCAGUUUGACAGGACUAUAGCAACGGUGCUGUAAACACCACUCCAGUGCUAACCAGAGCCAGGGAUCCGGAAUAUCAGCUCGUUAAGGAAUUUUUUCCUAAACUAGGGGGUGAGGCAUUGCCUUUGUAUGUUGUGACCACAUCUUUGAAAUUAACAUUGAAUCAGAUCUUCUUUAGCACAUUUUGAAUUACCUUCUUUUUAAGAGAUGCAUGUUUUCUCCAAGUGCAAAGAAGUGACAGGAUUGGUUUACAUUACAGAUAGCAAUGGCUGUAAUGGCCCAAAUUGCAAUGGAGCUGCUCUGGGUUUACUCUGGCAAAAUCAAAAUUUGGCCUGAUGCUGCGAAAGUCCAGCGACUUUGUAAGAGAGUAUUAAACCACUAAAAGAGAAGGGGAAAUGAUUGAAUCCCAUAUGCACUAAAUUUUCAUCUUCAGAAGCGCAUGACAUGUACAACCCAGUGUGGUUACUGGAUUUUUGUUGUUUCAGUAUAUUGUGAAAUCAAUUCUAGUUUUCUGUUUGCCAGCAAACCCAGUUUUUUUAACAUUGUGAGUCAAUAACUAUUUUUCUUCCAUUUUAGUUUUGACGCUUAGAUAAAGUAGUAAAUCUGGGGAAGAAUAAGCCUAAAUGUAAUUUCCUUUUUAUUAGUUUCUAAACAGUCUCUCUCCGGUUCCCCAGACCAUCUGUGUUUUUGUUUGUCUCUUGAUCCCUGUGGGUGUUGAUGCCUCUUAACAAAACAGGACUUGAUACUGAUCAGUAUAGGGUGCCAUUGCAAACUUCUGCAUGACCUGCUACAUAAUAAUUCUAUAUCCUAGAUAUCAUGUUCAUGACUAAAAUAAUAUCAUCUAGACUUGGAAGUCACCUCUUUGAUCAUCUGGUCCGUCUGCUUGCAAGAGCAGGAUUGGGCCUCGAGGGCCAGUAAAGAUCCAGCGUGACACUAUCAAAUAUUUGAAGUUACGGGUAUGUUACACCUACUGCAGUCCUUCCAGCAAAUUAAUUAGGCAUUUCUAGCACACAGUUAAAGUACUCAGGUUUGUCUGGUAUGAUUAGUUCUUUAUGUAAUUCAUGGUAGUCAUUGCUGGUGAUACUCAGUGCACAGGUAUUCUUUUUUAACUAUAUGUUAUAUUAUUUAACUAUGUGGUUGGCAAACAUGCUGGAGAGGAGUGUUGUUGAUCAUCAUAUUACUGUUUUGCCCCACCAGUUCUCUUGAAUCUCCCUCGCUUCUCCAUAACUUUCGUAACUCCCCCCCCCUUUUUUUUCCCAGUGAUGGUGGUGUAAGUUCAUUACAGAUUCCCAGGGGAUGCCUAUCUUGCAUAUCUGCUGAUUUCUGUCUAUGUUCUGUUUUUCCAUGUAAUGUCAUCUUUUCCUAGAAUCUCUAUUUACGAGGUAUUCAUUGCUUCCUAACUUGUCCUGUAUCUUUGUGAUUUAAAAUGCAAUUUGAAGAAAACAGCUUAGGAGCUCAGUCCUGUUAAAUGAUAUGGUAUCUCACCACCUUCAUUUAUUAAUGAGAGAGCUGCCUCGCUGGUCUUUUACCAUCUCCUGAUAGUUGUGAAAGUCUUGCUUACCUCACUUAACCUCUUGUAUUAGUAUUGACUUAUUGCUUGCUACACCCUUCCCCCCACCCCCAUAGUCUUACUCUCUUCUUAUUUGGUUCCUCCCUUCCUUCUCCGUUUCUGGUGCAGGUACUUUAUUACGCUCAGAUCUUUGAGCAGUAUAUCUAUUAGUCCGUUUUUAAUCUGUUUAAUAGUGCGUCUGUCCAAGUCACCGUAUUGAUAGACUUUCCCUUAUCAAAUGGUGCUGUAUCAAAUGCCUAGUUGAAGUCCAGAUAUGUUGUCCAUGCUGAAGUAUAAAUAUGAAACCCUUUGUAGAGUCAACCCUCUGACCAUAAAAAGAAAACCAAAACAUGUUAAUUCAGGUCAUUUACAGUAGGUUCUUCACUAGUGACCUCCAGAAUGAACUAACUCAGUGCUAAGUUUUGGACCAGGGCUAAAGGUAUUAUUUUCAUUUGGUUUUGUUUUCCUUUUCAUACUUGAAGCUUGAAACUCUUACACGAAUUACAAAUGUUUUUCUUGGUUUGCACACUGGUUUGCUAUUGCCCAUCCUUGUGAUGCAUGAGCUGUGAACAGGAUAAAAUAGAUCUGCAAAGCUUUGUCCACGAAGACUUGAUAGUGAGUCUGAUCCUUGCCUCUCCCAGAUUCUAGGGCUGUUGUCCGUCUUUGCAGUCAGGGUGGCUUUGGGGUUUUUGGAGGUGGGGGGUAUGCAGGUUGAUCUAAGAUACAAAAAUUAGGUUCAAAUGUUUGGCUUCCCAAUCUCGACUGUUAUCCCUUGAAGCGUCUCUUUAUUUCUCGGUUGAUGUUCAAAUUCCCGUACUGUCUUGUGAUUUACUCUUAACUGGAGAUUCUACCUCUUUCUAGUUGAUCUGAGAUCAGAGCUCAGCUUCGUUUUCUGAGAGUAGCAGUUUCCUGUUUCAUUGUUCUUUGGGCUUCAAACUGGACGAACAGGAAUGCACGCAUACUCCUUUGAAAUCCAGCUGUCAUGUUAGCAGUGUCAUUGUGAAGCCUAUCAACAACAGAGCCUCCUAGGUUGCUACUGAGUGACUGGGGAGCACUCCCAAUGGAAGUUCUGAGCCCACGGCUUGCAUUGUAGGCUGGGAGGCUGUGAAACCUCAUUGGGAGUCAAAUGUCAGGUUCCACGGGGCAGCAUGGCGGAAUAUCACAACCCCACUGAACCAAUACAGGAAAGGCUUUUACCUUAAAGCUAAUACAGGACUAACAAAUUGAAAGUAGGUUUAGUUUGAACAGUAGUUCUAUCUAAGCGAGACACGUUCCAGUCAGUUGCAUGCCCAGGAGUGUUGUUUUCCCUGACAGAUGGCCUUGGCUGUCUCCCGCUGGACCUUUAUGAUCUUUCCAAGGCUCAUCAUGAGUGCCCAGUAAGUAUGAAAUGUGUGCAGUACCUUCUCUUGACUGUCAAUUUAAAAAGUGCCUAAGUGAAUAACAGGACUCUAGAGUGAGCUGGAGGAAUAGGACUAGACCCCAUUUCCCUCCUAAGAAAGGCCCCUCCCUGCAGUCCUUCCACAUGCAAAUCUCUCAUUGACUUCAGUGGGAAUCCAGAGCCUGGAAUAACUGCAGAAUCAGGCCAGAAAGAAAUCCUCAUUGCUUUCUCAUUCUGCCUUCCCUCCCCUUAUUCGUAGAGAACUUCUUAGGAAUUUUCUGUUUCUCAGUCAAAUCUUUAUAAUCUCUGAUUUGGAAACAGAGCCAUGAGUAGAAUUAAGUUUCUGUUUCUAAAUGAUAGGAAACUGCCUCUAGGAUUCUGGAGCCACGUGACUGUGUGUAUAUUGAUCACUCAUAUCUGGGUAACCAUACCUCUGAGAUCCUGGAUAGGAGUGAUGAAUGUGCAUAUAUAAUCACCUCUCUUAAAAUCAAAGAGACAGGUUCCUUCUAUGUUCUCACUUAUGUCUAAGUUUAUAAUAGUGAUAGCUGCUCAACGUUUUAUCAAAAUCAUUUAACCAUUCACAGGUUGUUAUAAUUUUGUAAACAUCUCUGAGAAUUUUAUAUGGAUUUAAAAAAAAAAAGUAUCUGAAAUGCUGAUUUGAAAAAAAUCACAUGAAAGGAGACUUCUUAUUUUUUGUGACCAUACUAAAUCCAAGUCAUAUAACAAAACCGCACUGUUAGGAUUUAUUGGUACCACUUAAGGAUUCAGAAAAUGGGAGUCAUCCGUAUGUAGAUGCUUUAUUUUUCAUUAAUUACACAAUUUUUUUUCACUCUGGCAAUUUAAUAAUGCCUAUGAGUUGGGAAGCUAUGGGCAGUUACUAUUGACAAAGAUAGCUAUGAGUAGAUCUAUGCUGCAGAAGACAGACAAUUAACUUGUAGGAUCACAAUGGGUGUUGAUAAAGCAGUGAUCAAAGGGGAAUCUAUUGCAGUGGUACUAAUGAAAAUAAAGUAUUUGUGGCGUUAUAACACACACAGACUGUUUGGCAUUGUACUAUCACCCUGAUGUCUAGAUGUCUUUUUUUUUUAAAAAAACAAGAUUGUCAGUUACCAUAACUGUAAUUGAAAAGAGGUGAAUGUAAUAGUGAGCGUUGCAAACCUACAAGGGGGGGGAAAAGCCCAAUGGAACAGUAUCAGAGGCCAAAAAAAAAGUCUGUUUUUUUCCCUUUAAUUUGACUGGAUUUGAAUGUGCAAAAAACUAGCAAAGUGCUAGGGAAUUACCUUUUUCAUUUCCAAAUUCUCUGCAUCUUAAUUUUGUCCCAGUGUAACUUUGACUCGGGGGAGAGUGGAGUGUUAAAUCAACCUUGCAGUUGUGUUAACGAAAUGGCAAGCGAGCAUGACUGUUGUUGUAAUCCUGUGUGUGUUGGAUGGCUGGCAGUCACCUACAAUUACUUCAUGUGUCCACCAAAUGCAUAAGAUGAGCUACUUCCUUUCUUUGCUGGUCAAUAUAAGCCCGCCGACAAGUUUCUUUUGUGUGUGUGUUUCUCUGUUAAUUUCUAGAUCCCUUCAUCUCUCAUUAGUGUGUUUGAUUCCUACACCGUAUUCCCUUCACACAUGUGUCUCAUCUGCUGUAGGUGAACAGCCUACCUCAAGAGGUAAACAUGGUGUCCUGUAGUCCUACAUCCAGAGUCUUUUUUACCGUAGCAUUAGCACACACACACUGGAAUGUAUAUUCUCCCUCCCCCCGAAUAACCUCUUGACCUGAUCCUUGCUGUAGACACCAACUCCUAUUGCAAAUUGGAUGCUGCUUUAAAUGUGAAAACAAUUGUUCAAAAAGCUAUAAAAACCUGAAUGAAAGCUAAAGCUGAAUUUAUAAGCCUUGUUGCAUAUGAGCCAAAAGUGCAAAAUGCUCUAUAUAAUGAACUAACCUGCCACUCAUAUAAAUAUAAAUAUAUAUAAAUAUAUUAAAAUCAGACUGUUCUACAAAAUUGUGUAUUUGUAUUUUUGUGUACGUACAAUUUUCUGCUAAGCAGAAGGAGGAUGUAGUAUAGGAUGAUGUGAGAAGAGAUUUUGUUUAAUCAUAUUUCUUUGUUACUUAUUUUUGUUAACAUCCAGAUGCCUGUCUUUGUCUUUAUCUGUGUAUGACACUGUUUAAAAGCUGCAGUAUCUCUCUCCCACCAAGUAGCUAUUAUCAGAUAUUUUAAAGCCGUUCAGCACUGAAAAGCAGUGGUAAUGCAGGCAGUGUCGCCACCCCCUGCAAUAUGCCUAGGUCAAUUAUUGAACAAGGGCUACUUGCCCAGAUUAAAGGGUACAUACUCCACAGUGGCUAUGGGAAAUGCUGUAGGAAGAGACUACACCUGGGACGAAAUCUCAUUGUGCCAUUCCUCCCAGUGGAGUCGGUAAAUGUUGUGGAAUCUAGCAGGGAUUGAGAGCUUUCCAAGCAGGAGUCCUCCAACCAUGCUCCAUGGACGGCCAUUGGAUCUUUCCUGGUGGUCCUCAGCCUGCAGUAUUUGAGAACCAAAUAGUGCAGGAUUGGAAGGGAAGAUGACCAAUGAGAGGAUCUUUCUGUUAGGAAGUUGUCAUCAGGCUCAAAAAAUUAGAGAAAUAAAAUCUUACACCACAAGCGAGUGAACUCAGACAGCAACACCAAAUAGUAAUCUGAGGAAUGGGCCACCUGGGACCUCAGAGAGAGCCAGUCUUUGCUCUCCAUUGGCACGUGCUGCUGUAGUGUAUUCUUGCUCUCGUGGAAGGCAUGUCUGCAACCUCUUACGUGGGAACUCCCUCCACUUCACCUUAAAAAAGAAAAUUACUAACCGUUCUAUUAAUCACCCCAAACACUACUGUUGCCCUAGUGUAAGAUGUUUUGGACCAUUGCUGUAAGGAUUCUGUAGUACCUCUUAUUAAAAAGGGCCCUAAACCUCCAUUUAUCGCUUGAUACACUUGCAACACAGAAAUAAUAUUCUGAAAGCUGCUUUUAAAAAUUGCUGAAUAUCUCCAAUACAUUGCAGGAGUGUGCUCCCAUGAUUUUCAUUGUUUUGGAUUUGUCAGCUACAGUUUAAAAGGAAAAACUAGUAAUCUUUCCCUUUUGGGUGUGGCGGGAAGGUUAUUUAUAAAGUGUGACAUUGAUUGCUGUACAGGGAGACUGAAAUGUCAAAGCAGAGUUAGA